GCCGGGAAGCUACACGUCCAGCCAGCCGUCUACUAGCGCGGCCGGAGGCCCCUGAAGCGGAGCGGAGAACUUGAGGGCCGUAGGUUGGGGAGGUGCGGCGGGAGUUUCGCCAGCGAGCCUGGAGGUCCGGAGCAGCAUGGCUCGGAGAAGCCCUCUCUCUGCUGCUGCUCUCCGGCUUUGGAGCAUCCUCCCGUGCCUGCUGGUGCUGCGCGCGGAGACCGGGCAGCCGCGGGAGGAGAGCCUGUACCUGUGGAUAGAUGCUCACCAGGCCAGAGUGCUCAUAGGGUUUGAAGAGGAUAUCCUGAUUGUUUCCGAGGGGAAAAUGGCCCCCUUUACACAUGAUUUCAGAAAAGCACAGCAGAGAAUGCCUGCUAUUCCUGUCAAUAUCCACUCCAUGAAUUUCACCUGGCAAGCUGCUGGCCAGGCAGAAUACUUCUAUGAAUUCCUGUCCUUGCGCUCCCUGGAUAAAGGCAUCAUGGCAGAUCCAACUGUCAAUGUCCCCCUGCUGGGAACAGUGCCUCAUAAGGCAUCAGUUGUUCAAGUUGGCUUCCCGUGCAUUGGAAAACAAGAUGGGGUGGCCGCGUUCGAGGUGAAUGUGAUUGUAAUGAAUUCUGAAGGCAACACCAUCCUCCAGACGCCUCAAAAUGCUAUUUUCUUUAAAACAUGCCAGCAAGCUGAGUGCCCAGGAGGGUGCCGAAAUGGAGGCUUUUGUAAUGAAAGGCGCAUCUGCCAGUGUCCUGAUGGGUUCCACGGACCUCACUGUGAGAAAGCCCUUUGCACACCACGCUGUAUGAAUGGAGGACUCUGUGUUACUCCUGGUUUCUGCAUCUGCCCACCUGGAUUCUAUGGAGUCAAUUGUGACAAAGCUAACUGCUCAACCACCUGUUUUAAUGGAGGGACGUGCUUCUACCCCGGAAAGUGUAUCUGCCCACCAGGACUAGAGGGAGAGCAGUGUGAAGUCAGCAAAUGCCCCCAGCCCUGUCGAAAUGGAGGUAAAUGUAUUGGCAAGAGCAAGUGUAAGUGCUCCAAAGGUUACCAAGGAGACCUCUGUUCCAAGCCCGUCUGUGAGCCUGGCUGCGGUGCACAUGGGACUUGCCAUGAACCCAACAAAUGCCAAUGUCAAGAAGGCUGGCACGGCAGACACUGCAAUAAAAGGUAUGGAGCCAGCCUCUUGCAUGCCCUGAGGCCAGCAGGCACCCAGCUCAGGCAGCACACGCCUUCACUUAAAAAGGCUGGGGAGCAGCAGGAUCCACCGGAAUCCAAUUACAUUUGGUGAACUCCGGACAUCUGCAACGUUUUAAGUUACACCAAGUUCAUAGCCUUUGUUAACCUUUCAUGUGUUGAAUGUUCAAAUAAUGUUCAUUACACGUAAAAAUACUGGCCUGAAUUUUAUUAGCUUCAUUAUAAAUCACUGAGUUGAUAUUUACUCUUCCUUUUAAGUUUUGUAAGUAUAUCUGUAGCAUGAUGAUAUAGAUUUUCUUGUUUCAGAGCGUUGGGACAGAUUUUAUAUCAUGUCAGUAGAUCAGGUUGAAAUUUCAUGUUUUCAGUGUGUGGUUGGCAGAUGUUUUCAAAAUUACAAGAUGUUCUUGGUGUCAAAGGGCUGGGGAACAUUAGAGAGGUUAAACUGGGCAAAAAUGCAAAAAUCACAAGGAUUUGGAUGAAAUCAUUUCCAGUGUUAAAGUUAUUGCUUUUCAGGUUUUAUUAUCAUAUGUUUAAACAUUGGUCACCUGUUUUAACUGCCUCUAUUUUAAACUCUGAUUCAAUAUAUUUUGACCUUAACAUUAUUCCAGAGAGUUUUAUACUGGAAAAAAAUCCAAGAAAUUAUACUGUGGUAGUAUCAGUUAAACAGUAUAAUAUAUUGUAAACACAGUGAAAUAGGGAAUAUAAUGUAUGAACUGUUUUGCAUUGGCUUGGAGCAAUAUAAUAUAUUGUAAACAAAACACGGCUCUUACAUAAUAAACAUUUUAUACUGUUCGUAUGUAUAAAAUAAAGGUGCUGCUUUAGUUUUC